GUUCGAAAAAAUUCAAACAAAAACAAAAUAAUUAAUUCACCAAAUAGUAGUAACCAGACACUGCCGCCGGCACAAUAUCCUUCACUCUCUGGCUUAGGUUUUUACAGCAAUGGCGUCUUCGAUCAUCAGAACCACUAAUCUCUCUUCACUACCUUCGAUUCCAGCCUUAUCCUCCACUUCUUCCUCACCGUUUUCAUCUAUUCAUCUCCGAUCACACCACCAUGGAGCCGUGUCCCUCUGCACCGCCGAGAAGUUCCGUGUCUCGUGCUCAAUCUCCGAUUCUUCUCCUCUACCCUCUCAUUCUCAUCGCCGUCGUCCUGAUUACAUCCCUAAUCGCAUUUCAGACCCAAAUUACAUCAGAAUCUUCGACACGACUCUCAGAGACGGCGAACAGUCUCCCGGAGCUACACUAACCUCCAAGGAAAAACUCGAUAUCGCUAGUCAAUUAGCCAAUCUUGAAGUCGACAUCAUCGAAGCUGGAUUCCCCGCUGCUUCCAAAGACGAUUUCGAAGCUGUUAAAACCAUAGCUGAGACUGUUGGCAACACCGUCGACGAAAACGGAUAUGUUCCUGUGAUCUGUGGCCUCUCGAGGUGUAACAAGAAGGAUAUAGAGACGGCUUGGGAGGCUGUGAAGUAUGCUAAACGGCCUAGGAUUCAUACGUUUAUUGCUACUAGUGAUAUCCAUUUGAAGUAUAAGCUUAAGAAGAGCAAAGAUGAGGUCAUUGAGAUCGCUAGGAAUAUGGUUGCAUUUGCUAGGAGCUUGGGUUGUGAAGAUGUUGAAUUUAGUCCAGAAGAUGCUGGAAGAUCGGAGAGAGAGUAUUUAUACGAGAUUCUUGGUGAAGUGAUAAAAGCUGGAGCAACAACUCUCAACAUACCUGACACUGUUGGUAUAACCUUGCCUAGUGAGUUUGGUCAGUUGAUUGCUGAUAUAAAAGCUAAUACUCCUGGGAUCCAGAAUGUUAUAAUCUCUACACAUUGUCAGAAUGAUCUUGGACUCUCCACUGCCAACACUUUAUCUGGAGCACAUUCGGGUGCAAGACAAGUGGAAGUGACGAUCAAUGGAAUUGGCGAAAGAGCUGGAAACGCUUCAUUAGAAGAGGUUGUCAUGGCCAUAAAAUGCCGUGGAGAUCACGUGUUAGGAGGCCUAUUUACUGGAAUCGAUACCCGGCACAUUGUUAUGACAAGCAAGAUGGUUGAAGAGUACACUGGUAUGCAAACGCAGCCCCAUAAGGCUAUUGUAGGAGCAAACGCCUUUGCACAUGAAAGUGGUAUUCAUCAGGAUGGAAUGCUGAAGCACAAAGGUACAUAUGAAAUUAUGAGCCCCGAAGAGAUUGGACUCGAGCGAUCAAAUGAAGCUGGUAUUGUAUUAGGGAAGCUCAGUGGGCGUCACGCACUGAAAGACCGUUUGAAUGAGCUCGGUUAUGUCCUGGAUGAUGGUCAGCUCAGCAAUCUUUUUUGGCGUUUCAAAGCCGUGGCAGAGCAAAAAAAGAGAGUUACCGAUGCCGACUUAAUAGCUUUAGUAUCUGAUGAAGUGUUUCAGCCAGAGGCAGUAUGGAAACUCUUGGACAUGCAGAUAACUUGUGGAACUCUCGGUCUCUCAACGUCAACUGUAAAACUUGCUGAUUCCGAUGGCAAAGAGCAUGUAGCUUGUUCUGUUGGAACCGGACCUGUAGAUGCAGCUUAUAAGGCAGUUGAUCUUAUCGUUAAGGAACCCGCGACUCUGCUUGAGUACUCAAUGAAUGCAGUAACAGAAGGCAUUGAUGCUAUUGCGACCACACGGGUUCUAAUCCGCGGAGACAACAACUACUCAUCAACAAACGCGGUAACUGGUGAAUCUGUUGAAAGAACUUUUAGUGGAACCGGAGCAGGGAUGGACAUUGUGGUGUCAAGCGUUAAAGCUUAUGUUGGAGCUUUGAACAAAAUGUUGGGUUUCAAAGAAUACUCCUCAACUUUAAGAAAAAUUCCUUCGGAUGCCAACAAAGUACCUGCCUGAAACCUGCAAAUCUCCGAUCAAUCACAAUUUAGGUUUACACUUUUCUUUUGUAUUAGAUGACUAAAAGAUUUCUAAUUAUUACCGUUAAAGAAAAUGAUAUUGAAUGUAUAAGAAGAUGAGUAUUGGUUUUGGUUUUCUGGAAUAAUUAUGACAUAAAAAAGAGUCUUAGUAGCAAA